GUAGUAGUGCAGUAAGCGACCUGACACACCAACACACACCAGUCAUGUCACAUCAAACUGGCAUAACAGCAAAUGAAGAUUUAUUGAAUUUCUUCAGUACCUGUCGUAAUGGAAGUGUCAGGGUCUUCAGAAUUACUAUUGAAAAUGAGGCUCUUCAACUUGGUGAAUGGCAUUCAGCGCAGGGUUCAUGGGAAGAUGAUUAUGACAGCUUGGUAUUACCACUGCUUGUAGAGAAGCAACCAUGCUACCUUCUUUACAGAUUAGACAGUGAAGCACAUGGAGGGUAUGAAUGGGUAUUGAUCAGCUGGUCUCCUGAUGACUCUCCAAUACGUGAGAAGAUGCUGUAUGCUUCUACAAAGGCCACACUCAGAAAGGAGUUUGGAGCAACUCAAAUAAGGGACGAAAUAUUUGGCACUAUGCAUGAAGAUGUGAGUUUAGAUGGGCUGCGCCGUCAUCGAAAAUCAGCAUCUGCUCCGGUACCACUCACUCCAAGGGAAGAGGAGAUUCAGGAAAUUAAAAAACAAGAAGUUGGAGUUGACAUUGGAGUAGACACCAAGCACCAGACUAUGGCUGGCAUUACGUUCCCCAUCGCACCUGAUGCUCUUGAUGCAGUCACAGAAUUUACUACAGGCAAUCUCCAAUAUGUACAACUCAAAAUUGAUACAUCAGCAGAAGAAAUUCAUUUAUCAGGUACAGCAAAAUCUUUGCUUGUAACUGAUCUACCAAGUCAUGUACCUGAUUCUGCAGCUCGUUACCACUUAUACCGUUAUGAUCAUAACUACGAAGGGGACUUCUUCCAUAGUGUGUUAUUUAUAUAUUCCAUGCCUGGUUAUGCUUGUCCAAUUAAGGAAAGAAUGCUGUAUUCCAGCAGUAAAAACCCCAUUACAGAUCUUUUAGAAAAUGGCUUCAAUUUGGCUAUUACAAAAAAGCUUGAAAUUGGUGAAGGCUCAGAGCUAACGGAGGAAUACUUGCUUGAUGAAAUUCACCCAAAACGAAACCUUCACCGUCCUAAAUUUGCGAAGCCUAAAGGUCCAGCAAAUAGAGGUGCCAAGAGAUUGACUAGAGCACCAAAAGAUGCUCCAGGAAAUGGUGAAUUAUAAAGGCAUGACAAGUAAAUAAUUAAAUCUUGAGCACUUGUAAGUUUUUAUGUUGAUAAACAAUGAGACUUUGGACCUCAUUAUGCCUUAACUUGUCUUUUUCUUCUUUUUAAAUAAUGAUGUAUGCCAUCCAUAUAGUUGAAUAACUAAGAAUUUCUAUCAAAAUUUGACUAGUAUUUGUUAAAAAUAUGGAUAUAUAAUUGUUUAUUUUUCCCAGGAUAUAAUUUUUGGUAAAAAUCUUAAACAUGUGUAAGAGUUUGUUUAUUACAAAUAUUGUAUUGUGGUUUAUUUUUACAGUAAAGUAAUUAUCAUUUCAAUGCUAACAGAAUUUUGUACUUUUUCAUGGUUGUAUGUACCUUAAGCAUGCUAAUAAAUAUGCUUUAAUACACACACACAUUAGAUAUUUAAAAAUUAUAGUAUUAAAGUCAGUUAAGAAAAUUCUUGUGAACUUUGCAAUAAUUUUAUUAAUACAGGUAAUCCUUACUUAACAUGAUGUAUACCAUAAAACUUGCUUUAUAAAAACCAUCGUAUUAGUACUGGAAUGUUUUUUUAUAGCCUGGUUCUUGAUUAUAGUAUUUGCAGUCCUUAUCACUUAGUACUCUUCAAACUUAUUUGGCUGUGUUCAAAAAUAAUACAUAACUUUGAAACAAGACAAAACAACUUGGGACAGGCUGUUACUACAAUUGUUUAUAUAUCAGAAUCAUUCAUAUUAAACACAAAAGGGCCAUACAGUUAUAUAUCAGAAAUAAGAUUGUAUAGUGAAUAUGAACUCUAAUGUUUCAGUCGUCUUGUAUCAAAAGGUCAUACAGUACUUCGGGCAUUGUUAAGAGAAGAUUUCCUGUAUUGUUACUAUUUGAUUUUUGAAGUUAUUUUCAUGGACGAGUGAUAAUUUGAUUAUUAAAACAUGACACAUUCUGUAGAAGUAAUGUGUUCCAUUGAUAUUAGUUUUGUGGCUCAUGCAUAAAAAUUAAGGUCAUUGUCUUCUAAUGAUAAUAAUGACAUUAAACACUAAAACCAAGAGGGUAUUGUCUUCUAAACAUUACAUUUUGGCAUUUCUUUUGUAAAUUUGAUUAAAUGCCCUGUGAUGUUUAGUUACUGUUGAAUCUGCCUUUUCUGCAUUUUCAUUACUUCCAAGGUUUAUCAAGAUUUUUUCCCUGCUUGUAUAAAAUUAAAAAAAAAUUCAUGUAAUCCAGGUUUUUUUUUUUUUAUAGAGUACUGUAUAUACAGUAUUUAUAUUUCAUAUUAGCAUGAUUUGUUACAAAAAUCAGGAUUCUGCUUAAAUAAGUAUAUAGUUUACAGAAUUUAUCCUAGUGUGUACAGUGUUCUUUUAAAGUACUUCAGGGUUAAAAUUAUUAUUAUUGUAUUCAUGUGGGUAGUGUGCUGAUAGGCAAAACUUACUCUAGACUUCAUGCAGCCCUUAUUCUGUCCAAGCUAGAUAUGGGGACCAAAUGAAUUCCUUGACCUCUCCAGCUGUUCUUUAAGAAGCUGUGCUGAUUAUCAUCAGAAAUUGAGUUUAUGCCUAGUGGUCUUUCAAGCUUUCCCAGUCAAGAGCUUGUAUACAGAAGCAGGCACUCCUUCUUUACAAGAAUGAUGCAGUGUUCAUUGCCUGUUUUGUUAGCUUUCAUGACAGUCUUAAUCAUCAGAAUAAUAGAUAGCAAGAUAAAUUAAUUUAGUCCUCUCCCCAAUUUGUUUUGGCCCUUAAGUCUCCAGGUUCAAAAUAGACAAUCUCUUAAUUUGCACCCCCUUCCCCCAUUCUUUACAUUCACCACAUGUUGUACUCUUCCUUCACACCUCAUUGUCUCAACUUUUGAAAUACAUCACAAGGUGUCCAAGAACAUUCCUCUCCACAACCCACAUGCUUCAGGGCAGUGAACUCAGAUUUAGUCAUGCAGUUCGUGAACUAACUUCUUCCCACAGGGGAGUUCUUUUUUCAAACUACUGCAUUUUCUAAUACAGGUCUCCCUCGCUUUGGCGCAUACAGCAAAAUCACAUAUAGCAAACCCAUUAUAACGUGUAAAAGAUAGGGUUUCAUUCAGAGACUAAUUUCCACAUAUUUUAUUUUUUGUUUUUUUACCAAAUACAUUCAUAUUUUCUGAAUGUUCAUUUCUUACAUGUAUAAAAAAGCUAGAUAUUUUUAGUAAAGACUGGUCAAGAACUGUAGAUUUAUUAUAUAUGUUGUCAUUACAUGAAUGGUUGGCAAGCAGAGGUGGGGGGAAUGGCAGGUGAUUGGUUAGGAUGGUAGUAUGUUGGAAGCCAGUGAACUGUGGAAGGAGGCCCCAGCACUCAUGGUUUCCCUGCCUCUCUUAUUAUUUAUGUUUUGUUCGUUUAGGAGGGGGAGAACAAGAUUUGUUUAUACCUUUGAUGAGUUUAAGAGUUUUUCUGUUCCUGGAGCCCAGCCUUGGGCCACUUGUCCUGGACACAUUUAAUGAGUGAGGUGCAGGACAUCACACACACACAAGCCAUCACAAUCACCACAACCUUGAAAUCUUCAUUUGCUCAUUUGAUUUAGGAACAUAAAAAACCUGUUUUCUUUCUGAACCUAUUUAAUAAACUUUCUUAUAAAAGUCAAGUUUAGAGUGACAUUUAAUGAUAUUGAUAAAAUCACAGCAAUUGCAUGAGAGUGAAUUAUUGUAUAUGUAGCAAAUUCCUGGUAGAAACAGUUGUUGCAUAUAAGUGAAAUUGCAUAUAGUAGAUCUGUAUAAAGUGAGGAAACCAGUUCUUUAACCAUAAAACCACUGGCAACAACUUUGGUCUUAGUUAGAAGAAAAAAUUGAAGCCUACCUGACAUGUAUGGUUAACUAUACACGCACUGUCACAGAGACACAGUACCUGUGUGAGGACUGCCAGGUUGCACAUCCUUACUUAGUCCCGCCUUUAACCCACUCUGAUGGAAACUAGCCUAAUGUAUCAACUCUAAAAAAAAAUUGAGUCUGUUUUCCCCCUUACCUGGAUCUCACCUAAUUACCUCCCAUUCCUCAGGUACAACAUGACCCUUAUAGGUUUAUCACUUUCCUCUAAAUAUAAAUAAUUUCAAUUUUGUACCCACACUAAUCUCUACUAUUGCACACCCAUACUAGCAGUGCUGUAUGAACUCUGGAAGUUCAGUGCAUAUGUUUGAAUAUAAUAAUAAUAAUAAUAAUAAUAAUAAUAUAUAAUAUAUUUGCAAAAUUGUCUAUUUUGUUGCUUUAUUCUAGAAUAGAUUCAAAAUCAUAAAAAAUGCAUAGUAAAAGGAGACCCUUAUUUAUAAAAUAUUUCAUGUGCAUGAGGCUUUCUCAAGGCAUUUAAUUAAUCCUCAUGUAGAUGAAAUGUCAGACUUAUUAAUAAUGAUAUUAUUUUACGCCUCCUCACCCGUUUGUUGGCUAUGCUAUACUUCAACUGCAGUAGUUUCAAAAUCAUACAUUCACUGGAAUUGAUAUGAAGACUUUACAAGUUCUUUUAUAGAUCAUUAUUUUUGCUAGUUAUCUUACUGGGUCUGGAGUGAGCUAUUGUUUUUGUUUGAAAGAUGGAUAACAUCAAGUGUAUUACUGACACUGUUAAUCUUUAUCUUACAAAUAGACCAAUGUCUAUGACAUAUCAUUUGUUAUUGCAUAUGCAUUUUUUUGUCUUUGUAUGCAUUUUUGCUCAUUGAUCUAUUAAAUGAGUAUGCAGAUAAGGGAAUGUUUUAAUUGCAAUAAGGUUGUGUUACGAAGAGGUUGUAUGUGCGAGGUCUUUGUUAUUAUUUUUACAGUGGUUUACAUAUAUGUUAAGCAUCUGCACGCUUUGAUAACGUUAAAACCCGAGCAAAGGGUCAGUAUCAGUCGUAUUACAAGGAUAAAUUGGUAGCUGUCAUUUGUAUUCUACCUUUUCAUCAUUUUGACAAAAUUGUCAAGCCCAAAAAAAAAAAUAGAUAUAGACAAAGAAUUUAUUUAUAACUUGUGAAAGCUGUGAAUGUUUCAUUUGCAAAAUGUAAAGGUUCCAUGAUUUAUUUUUCAGGUUAUAUAAUGCAUAAUGCAAUGAUAAUACUGUGUAUACAAAUUUGCUUUAAUAAGGGGGAAGUGCUAAACAAAUAGGGUUCGUAUAGCACCUGGAGAAUGCAAGGCAUUGAAGAUCUAUCCAACGAAGGGAAGAAUAAGCCCAGUUUAUUAGAUCAAGAGCCUCUGGAGGAGAAAUGCAGUGGCAAUAACUUGCAUGAGCAUGUUAGACAGAACUGAAUGUAGAUGUGGUUCAUAUGAUUUGAUGUGUUGUGUGUGAACAAGAUAACAUUUAUGAAGGGAUUCAGGAACACUGGUUAGUCAGACUUAGUCCCCUGGAGGAAGUACAGUGGUCCCCUGGUAUACGAUAUUAAUCCAUUCCUGAGAGCUCAUCGUAUGCCAAAAUUAUCGAAAGGCGAAUUAAUUUUCCCCAUAAGAAAUAAUGGAAAUCAAAUUAAUCCCUGCAAGACACCCAAAAGUAUGAAAAAAAAAUUUUUACCACAUGAAAUAUUAAGUUUAAUGCGCACAAACUGAAGAAGCCAUGCACAGUUUAUAGUACUCUACUAACAAUAGAAUACAUGACACUUACCCUUUGAGGGUUUCGGACGUACUACUAGUACAUCUUACGACCCAGGGUUUUUGACGUACUAGUAUGCCUAAAUUCUAGUGCCCUCAAAUCUAGUGAGAGAAAGCUGGUAGGCAUACAUAUGUAAAAAUUGUUCUAUGUGGUCAGUGUGUGCAGUAUAAAAAAAAUCCUGCAGCACACAGUGCAUAAUGAGAAAAAAAACUUUGACCGUGUUUUUGGAUUAAAACAGCGACUUUGCACUUUAUUUUCGUAUGGUAUUUAUUGUUGUAUUCUAGUUUUCCUGGUCUCAUAUUACAGACAUAUUACAGAAAUUGAGAUGAUUUUGACUGGUUUUACAAUGAAAAGUACAGUACCUUGAAAUUGAACUCAAAGUAGCAGAAAUGUUUGAUUUUUACCAAAGUUCAAAAGUAAACAAAUCAUGCCAAGCGUCCAAUACACAUCAACUGGUGAGUCUAAUAUUCUUUCACAAGUGCGCUGAUAUUAUUUAUACCAUUUCUACACUAAUGCAGUAGUCUGCAUAACAGUAAAUCUUAUUUUUUUUGUAAGAAUAAAAAUUCAAAGUGGAAAGCCAAGGAAAUAUAAGAGGGGCCUGGGGAUGUGACUAACGAACAGAGAACUUACUAGUUAUUUUAGUGCCAGGAAUGACUUUCUUGUUUAUUCUGGACCCUAUUCGAAAAUUGGCAUCUUUUGAAAUUUGUGUGAAAUUGGCAAAAUUGCUAAAUUCUGACCACUUUAUUGGAUAGUUGAAAUCAGUAAAUGGGUGGUUUCUUGUACUCUUUCUAUAGAAAAGAUUGAGUUUUAGCGAAAUAGUUAUGAUUUUUGUCGACUAGUACACUGGAAUUGGCUGAAAAUAGGGCUCAAAGUGGGCAAAAUCGCCGAUGCGUAAACAUCGUCGAGACCACUAACUUCAUGAGAGCAUAAUUCCGUAAGUUUUCCAUCAAAUUUCAUACUUUUGGUGUCAUUAUGAUUGGGAAAAGAUUCUCUAUCUUUUCAUUAAAAAUAAUUUUUUUUUUUUUUUAAAUUUGGCCGACCCUGAGAACAAGUCUCUGAGAGGACCUGUCGACUCCCAAAGGGUUAAUGAACAUCUGGUGAUGAUUGAUGGGAUGGGAGGAGGGGAGAGUGUCGAACUUAUUGUUUAGAAGGGGAAUCCCCUUCCAUUAGGGCUUGAGGUAGCAAGUCCUUUUCUGGGGUUACUUCCCUUCUUUUAAUGCCACUAGGACCAGCUUGAGAGUCACUGGACUUCUGUCGCACAACAUAUCUGUCCAUAGAGGCCUGUACCUCUCGUUCCUUUACGACUUUUCUAAAGUGGUUCACAUCACUGUCAUUGUAAUAGUCACCAGCACGGCUUGCAAUAGCUGUGUGAGUGUGAUUGUCAUCCAUAAAGGUUUUCACCUUUGUCCACAUUGUACACAUUUCUUUAAUCUGUGAAGUAGGCAACUUCCUCAAUUUCUCUAUCCCCUCCUCCGAAGCAGUUUCCUCAGGUCUGGCCUCUUGCUGUUGAAGAUGAUCUAGCAGCUCAUCAGUGGUUAGUUCGUCAUUGUCCUCCUCCUCCUCCAACUCUUCCACAUCCUCCCCACUAACCUCCAACCCCAAGGACUUCCCCAAUGCUACAAUGGUUUCCUCAACUGGCAUACGAUUCCCAGGGUUAGCCUCAAACCCUUCAAAAUCCCUUUUGUCUACACAUUCUGGCCACAGUUUCUUACAAGCAGAGUUCAAGGUCCUCUUAGUCACUCCCUCCCAAGCCUUACGUAUAAGGUUUACACAAUUGAGGAUAUUAAAGUGAUCUCUCCAAAACUCUUUUAGAGUCAAUCGAGUGUCUGUGGUCACUUCAAAGCACUUUUGAAACAUAGCUUUUGUGUACAGUUUCUUGAAGUUGGAAAUGACAUGCUGGUCCAUGGGCUGCAGAAGAGGAGUGGUAUUAGGAGGCAAAAACUUGACCUUAAUGAAGCUCAUGUCCCCAGAAAGUCGCUCUGCCAAGUCUGUAGGAUGACCAGGGGCAUUGUCUAAUACCAGGAGGCACUUAAGGUCUAUUUCUUUUCAAUUAGGUAAUUUUUCACAUUGGGGGCAAAUGCAUGGUGUAACCAGUCAUAGAAAAAGUCCCUAGUGACCCAUGCCUUAUUGUUUGCCCUCCACAGCUCACACAAAUUAGCCUUGAGGACAUUCUUUUGCCUGAACGCUCUGGGAGUUUCUGAGUGAUACACCAAUAAAGGCUUCACUUUGCAAUCACCACUAGCAUUGGCACACAUCAGAAGAGUAAACCUGUCUUUCAUAGGCUUAUGUCCUGGGAGUGCCUUUUCCUCCUGAGUAAUGUAGGUCCUGCUUGGCAAUUUCUUCCAAAACAGGCCUGUUUCGUCACAAUUAAACACUUGUUCAGGUUUCAGUUCUUCACUGUCUAUGUAAUCCUUGAAUUCCUUCACAUAUUUUUCAGCUGCUUUUUGGUCCGAACUGGCAGCCUCACCAUGCCUAAUCACACUAUGUACGCCACUACGAUUCUUAAAUCUUUCAAACCAACCUUUGCUGGCCUUAAAUUCACUCACAUCACCACUAGUUGCAGGCAUUUUUUCAAUUAAAUCCUCAUGCAACUUCCUAGCCUUUUCACAAAUGAUCGCUUGAGAGAUGCUAUUUUCUAUCUGUUUUUCAUUUAUCCACACCAAUAACAGUCUCUCAACAUCUUCUAACACUUGCAGUCUCUGUUUCGAAAACAAAGUUGCACCUUUUGCAACAACAGCUUCCUUGAUUGCCAUUUUCCUGGCCACUAUAGUAGCGAUGGUUGAUGGGGGUUUUGUAUACAACCUGGCCAGCUCCGACACACGCACUCCACUUUCGUACUUUGCAAUUAUCUCUCUCUUCAUUUCAAUAGUCAUUAGCACCCUUUUUCUCGAAGGGUUGACACUAGAAGCUUUCUUGGGGCCCAUGGUGACUUAUUUUUCAGAAACAAGCACCAAAAACACUGAUAAUAUGGAAUGUACCGAAUGUAUGCUUAGAUGCGAGCACACUGGCUGGCUUGUAAACACUGGCACGCACGGGUCAGUUCAAGCCACACGUGGACACGUCUCGGACGAAUCGCGUGUGGCGGGUUUUUUAACGAGUGGCAAGGCAAAAUUUUUGUGUUAACAUGUAUCGAAUACCGGAUUUAUCGGAUACCGAUCCCAUCGAAUACCGGGGGUCCACUGUACAGUACAAUGCCUGUAUUCCAAAGGAGGGUUAGAGGAGUGUUACGGUUUGGAGGAUCGUUUGAAUUGUGAUGUUUGCGCAGUUCAUGCAAAUCAGAUACUGAAUGAUUGAUGGUGAAUGAAUUAACUUUAUUUUGGUCACCCUACCUUGGUGGGACAUGGCUAAUGAGGUAAAAAUAUUUAAUGUGCGUACUGUAUAGGUGCAUAUAUUUUUUAUCUUGAUAGUCUUCUCUUAUCAAGGCAGGAUGCUCAAAAAAAUAAACACAUUCAGCAUCAUUCAUUCAAUUACUGUCUUGCUAAAAGUGCGCUGACAUCACAGUCAUUUUCCUGGCGCCAACGUCAGUAUUCCCACCCCUCCUUCAGUGUGUGCAGGCACUGAAUCAUGAUGUCAGCACACUUCUGGCAAGACAUUGAUUUAACAGAUGAUGAAAAAUGCUCUCUCUUCUUUAGGUCACCCUGCUUUGGCAGGAGUGAGCCAUCAAAUUAAUUAAAAAUAUGCACACAUGCAUGUGUACACAGUUUUCACAACUUGUGAAAAUUAGCUACCAACACCGAAAAGAGAACCUGUAUCACAAUGUUAUGUUACCUUACCUCUAGCUGGAGUGAACAGGGUACACAUUAACUAAUCACCAUGAACAGGUAAGACUUGAUCUUGACUGUUCUAACCAUGAAGAGGUGUGACUUGGCCUCCAUUGUUCUAACUACCACCAGCAACUUGACUGGUAAGUGUUUUGUAGAGAUGACCUUAGAUAUAGACACUGUUAAAAUUAAAUCAUCCUUCAGACAAAAUAAAGUUUAGAACUGACAAAAUAAGGUUUGAUUCUACAGUACACCUCUUCAUAUAAUUAUCAGAUUCAAAAACUAGUUUGCAAAUGUCAAAAUUUAUAUUGUAUUUUACAUGUAUAGAAAUUUUACAUUAAAAAUAUAGAUGCUAAAACUCACUCAGAGUACUGUACUAUAUUAGGUUUUAUACGCAUCUGUAGUAAUUGCAAGAGCAGAGUAGUCGUCAUGCACCACUGCCAUGCUGAUCCAGUACUGAGUGCAGUUUUUUGCCUCUGUACUAGUCACACAUCUGUUGUAACUUGCAUUUACAACUGCCAGCGAUAUUUAAUUGUAAGAUUACUACAGGAAUACACAAUUGUGUAGCAUAUUAGUCUUUUUCACUGAGGAAAAGUUAUUUUAAGUUUAUAUGAAAGAACUAGUUAGGAAGAUAUCUUUGAUACAGGUAUGGAAGAGCUUUGUCGUAAGCGAAGUCCUGUUAAACCUAUUGAUCAUUUUAUAAACUUGCAAAGAAUGAAUUUCAA